AUGCAGGCCUUUUUGGAGGAAAACGAAUUGCAAGCUCCCAUUAGCAUUAUUAACGAGAUUGCUGAACAUCUCAAACAACUGAAAAAUUCAUUUAAUAAAUAUUUUCCUACAGAUCGAGAGGUGUUUUUAAAAGACCGUGAAUGGGUAGUUAAUCCAUUUUCAGUCUGUGGAAAACCCUCAAGCUUGUCUUCAAUCGAAUAUGAGAGUUUGAUCGAUAUUACUUCAGAUUCAACAUUUCAAUCCACCUUCAGUAGCAAUUCUUAUGUUGAAUUUUGGCUAAAUUUGAAAAAUACAAGUUUUGAUAAUUUGAGUCAAAAAGCAAUAACAAUACUCUUACCUUUUGCUACCACAUAUUUAUGCGAGACAGGAUUUUCAGCCUAUGCGGCUACUAAAACCAAAUACCGGAACCGUCUUAAUGUAGAACCUGACCUUCGUAUCCAACUGUCAAAAAUUGAACCAGAUAUUGCCAAACUUUCAAAAAAUAAGCAGACACAAAACUCUCAUUAAUUUUUAACUUUUAAAGCAGUAUUUUUUUUCUUUAUUUUCAACCAUAAUAUUGUAAUUUGUUUUUAAUAUGUACAAUAAAAUUAUUUAAAUCGGUCAACAAUGAAAACAAGUGUUCAUUUUUAUCAUGUUUUUCAUAAUAUUCACAGAGGGGCACCUAACUAAAUUUGGAACAACAAAAGGGCACCGCCGACUAAAAAGGUUGGGAACCGCUGGUUUAAACAAGCGCAUCACAGUCUCCAUGCGCAAAGAACUAACAGGUUCCUAUAACCGUAUUUGUUCCAUUGUAAGGGACAUUACCUACCAGCAUGCAAAUCUGGAAGGUGCGUACAAGGAAAUAUUGAAAAGCAAAA